UACGAAAGUGGGAACAAGAGUCAGGGGUAUAUUUUGUAAAGGCAGAUAUUGCCGAAAUAGGGGAGGAACGUCACGCGGAUAAGAACUUACGAUCGUGGUCCGACGGCGCGACCGGCACCAAAUAACAAAUUUCUAAAAUGUGACUCGCGGCUAAUGACAAAACGAAAUAUAUUGUAUCAAAUUUCAUUAGUUUAGAAUAGCACUGCGCACGCAAAUCGGAUAACAGCUUUCUCUCCUCUCGACGACGACAUCGUGUAAUAACCCUGGACGAACGACAACCUUUCAUGUGAGUGACAAGCGAAAAAUCCGUGCCAUUACAUUAAGUUUGAAUAAUGUGCCCUCGUUUACUAAUUGAUAAUAUCAUUAAUUCAAGAGAUCGUUAUUAAAUGACCGUCGAAUAUAGCAAAAUUUAUAAAAAAUUAAAUAAACGAAAACAGUUUUCAGUACAACGUGACGCAAGUAAAUUGUGAUGAUGGAGUACAAGAAUUAUGACUAGUUUUUUAUUAUUAGACAAAGUCACGUCAGGUUUUGUUUUGCUAAAAACAGCAAAAAGUUUUUUUCUUUAUGAUAAAGGCGUGAGAAUAAUUGCGAGGGUUAAGGUAAAAAUAAUAAAGUUGAUAACGACUCCCCGACGUGCCAGACAAAGGAUCAUAAGAUUAAGAUAAAAGGCUAAAAAAAGUAUACGAUUAUAAUACGCAAGAGGUUAUAGGACGCAAUCAAAAUGAAGUUUGAAAUAAUUAUGAAUCGAGAGCGGAACCUAGAGCUUUUUGGAAAGCUUAUCCGGACCAAAAAAAUAGAAAACCUACAAGGUGACCAACAAAGAAGAAGCCAUGAACCUGCUGGCUCAAAUGAUACCAAACAGAAACUACAGAAGUGCCUGACGACUUUAGACUUAACGUCUCUUGGGGUUGGUUCCUGCGUUGGAACAGGAAUGUAUCUGGUAUCGGGAAUGGUAGCUCGAAGUGUAGCUGGACCAGGUGUUAUCAUUUCAUUCAUCAUUGCAGCAAUUGCUUCCAUCUUCUCUGGUGCAUGCUAUGCAGAAUUUGGUGUCCGAGUGCCUCAUACAACUGGUAGUGCAUAUAUGUACAGUUACGUGACAGUGGGCGAGUUAAUAGCAUUUAUAAUUGGAUGGAAUAUGGUGUUAGAAUAUCUUAUUGGUACCAGUGCAUGUGCUUGUGCCCUGAGCGCUUGUUUGGACGCCUUGGUGGACGGUGCAGUUUCCAGUGCCAUCGCUAACAGUGUUGGCACUUUUUUUGGGAGGCCACCAGACUUCACAGCCUUCGUUAUCACGCUAUUGAUGAUGCUAUUGUUGGUGGCAGGAGUCCGAAAGUCCUUGGUAUUUACCAAUGUUUUGAACGCUAUCAAUCUUGCUGCGUGGGUUUUCAUCAUGACCGCUGGAAUGUUUUACGUUGACUCUAGUAACUGGUCGGAACACAAAGGAUUUUUACCUUACGGUUGGAGCGGGGUAUUCACGGGAGCUGCCACGUGUUUUUACGCUUUCAUUGGUUUUGAUAUCAUUGCAACAACGGGUGAAGAGGCGACCAAUCCAAAACGGAGUAUUCCAUUAGCUAUUGUUACAUCGUUACUCAUCAUUUUGACUGCUUAUGUAACUAGCAGUAUGGUUUUGACAUUAAUUAUCCCAUACGAUCAAGUCGACCAAGAUUCUGCAUUAGUAGACAUGUUCGGCCAAGUUGGGGCUUAUAAAUGCAAAUACAUCGUUGCACUGGGGGCAGUUGCAGGAUUAACUGUUUCUAUGUUUGGUAGUAUGUUUCCAAUGCCUAGGAUAGUCUACGCAAUGGCGCAAGAUGGUCUUAUAUUUCGUACUUUCAGCCAACUGUUGCCCUUAACAGGCACUCCAGCAUUAGCAACUUUAACCUCUGGUGUAGCUGCCGCUUUUGUUGCGCUUUUAAUUCAACUAGACGUUCUCGUGGAAAUGAUGUCAAUUGGUACUUUGUUAGCUUAUACACUUGUAUCUACGUGCGUUCUUAUUCUUCGUUAUCAACCUCACUCGACGAAUCUAAUUGAGUUGCUGCCUCAAAGCCUUCGGACACCCUGCCGAUCGCCACCAAAAGAGACUCAAAGUAAUGCCCCUGCAACGUAUAGUAAAGAAGUACGUCCCGAUCAACUUGCAAGUGCUUUGAAUUCUGUUCAUGCAACUCAAACUGAGCUUACAACGAAUAGUAAUGGACAGCGUGUCACUGUGCGACGUGUUCGAAGGGCAAAUAGCUCGUCUCCAGAAUCAGACGAUACAUAUGGUGCGGAAGAAGAUGACGUUGGUCUGGGUAAAGAUGAUCAAUAUCUUGUCAGCGAUAGGACAGAAAAUAAAUUUUAUGGCAGCGUUCAUGCAGCAGCGGCUGCUUCUAGUUGCAGUAGCGCUCAUCAAUAUCCUGGCACUACUCCAAUUAUUGGGCCUCCUCUCAAUUACCUUCAGCGACGAUUACAGGCCGCGCAAUACUUAUGUCCGGCAAUAUUUCCAUGGGUAGAUCGAGGACCAGCAACCGAAGCAUCCGGUCGCUACGUCAUGAAGAUGGUCGCAAUACUAUAUUUACUAAUUUUAAUAUUCGACUUCAUUAUAGUGGUCGGCAUGGGCAAUAUGGGAACUUUCACAACAAUUCUUCUGUUUUGUUUCUUAUUUGCCAUCAUUGGGGUGUUGCUGGCGAUAAGUAGAAAACCACAAAAUAGAAGCACCGUAAUGUUCAUGACUCCAGGACUUCCGUUCGUACCAGCAAUAGCAGUGACAGUUAACAUUUACCUCAUUUUCAAACUUAGUAUUUUAACUCUCGUUAGAUUUAUUGUUUGGAUGACAUUAGGUUUUCUCAUGUACUUCUACUACGGAAUAAAGAACAGCACUUUAGAACAAAAAGAUCCGGAUGAUAUUAUUAAUUCUAGCGACAAUGUUGGCAAUAUAGAAUUAACAAUUACUGAUCAUGCAGGUGUAUCACCAUCUCACCGACAUGCGAAUGGGCAGGAUCGCAGUAUUUACGAAGGACAACAGCUUGAUGCCUUUGGCCAGCCUGUAUUUGGUAGCACCAAUUUCGGUGGUGUAUCAAGUAAUUCAAAUGCUACAGCGCAAUCGCAAGCUAAGUCUCAAGGCUUUUUUGUUCCUGAAGAUAAUUUCCCCUCUUGGGAUGAUUAAGUAUAAAAAUAAUAUAUAUAUAUACUGGUGACCAUGUAUUAUACGUUAACGUUGUGGCCAUAAUAACAAAUAUAAGAUGAUUGUUUUACGUGAUAAAGAUUCGUAUAUAAACAGAAAGACAUUUCUUCGCGAAACGCAACUUUCACUAAAAUUGAAGCAUAUGACAAGGCGUUUAUUACUUAAUCCAUCGACUUCCAUUUAUUUUCACUUGACGUGAGAUAAUGGUAAUAGAUAUAUAAGAUCAUUGCCAAUUUAUGUUUAUUCUAUUGUUUAUUAGAUAUAUACUGUUAAAUGAGUUUCAUUGUCAAUUUAAUUAAUGCGAUAAAAAAAUAUGUAAAAGCAAUCGACUGUUUGCGUUCAAAGCAUAACAUAUGAGAAUAAUGCAUGAUAUAGUUGAAUGAGCGAUAAAAUGGUACCAUUUAAAUUAUUAUACUCGGUUGUAUGUAAGCAUAAAAUCUUUCAUAAACUUGGAUAUUAUCAAUUAUAAUCUUAUAAUCAAGCUUCCAAUGAAACUGCAACAAUUUUUGAAUUAACGAAAAAAAAAAGUUGAUUUUUGCAUACAACGUAUGGAUUUUCUAGAUUUAAGAACGUUUUAUGCCUGUUAAAUUAUGUGAAUAUACAGUUACAUAUCUAAAUAUCAGUUAUAAUGUCACAUAA